UCCACCGUGUGCCUCGCCAAUUUCCCCGCCCAGCAGCACUUUCCAAUUGGUCCAGCUCGCCUCUUCUUUCGGAAUUACGUUGGGGCAGAAUCGUGGUUGCUAUUGGAUGAGGGAGUCGUCACUCCCGGCGGGCGUCGAAGGAGACGUAGUUGCCUAAAGGCAUCCGGGAAAAUGUUGCAUUUGGGGGUUUUCCGCUGCCGUCGCAGGUUGGCGGGGACUUUUGGCACAUCAGAAGCGGGGCAGAACUAUAUAUAUCUGUCUGGGGGCCCUGAGGAUAGUGAUACAACAGCACUGUCCCUGCUGAAAAGAUCCUGCCAUAGGUUAGUCAAUAUAGGGCGGCUCCCUGCAGCGCUACUAGGCAGCGGACAGCGCCGCUUCGGUGCAAAUCCCGAGAGCAGUAACGGCACCCAAAACGCUGCUUCCCUGAAGGACAAGUCGUGCUCUGAGAAGGAAGCUGCUUCUUCGGGAAACCCUUUUAUCACCCCCCCAAUACUUCACCCUCCCACAACUUGUUGUAUGAGUGGAUGCCACAACUGCGUCUGGAUCGCUUAUGCAGAAGAGCUUCUGAAAUACUACAGGGACGGGGGAGAUCAGGCCUUGGCAGCCGUGGAGAAGCACGUACAGGAUGAAAAUAUUAAAGCGUUCUUAAAGAUGGAAAUUAAGCUCCGCAUGAAGAAAGACUGAAAUGUUUGGUCCGAUGUACUCUUAGUACAUGGCUUCAGACUAUGGGAGAUUUUGAAGGGGAAAAACUCCUAAUUAUUUAUGGCUCUUUCUGUAAGAGGUGUUACGUUUUGUUUUAUAUAAAGAGUUCUAAUGAUCAUAUGUC